CGUCUGCGGCUACUUCCGGCGGGGGCGGAGUGGCGGCCGUGACGGCGGUGGCGGAGGUUUCGGAGGCUUUACAGGUUUCGUGUCGCCGCCGCCAUGGGGAAGGCGGAUUUCCUCAGCCCCAAGGCCAUCGCCAACCGGAUUAAAUCCAAGGGACUGCAGAAGCUGCGGUGGUACUGCCAGAUGUGCCAGAAGCAGUGCCGCGAUGAGAAUGGCUUCAAAUGUCACUGCAUGUCUGAGUCCCACCAGAGGCAAUUGUUGCUGGCUUCUGAAAAUCCUCAACAAUUCAUGGAUUACUUUUCUCAGGAGUUCCGAAAUGAUUUCCUAGAACUACUCAGGAGGCGAUUUGGAACAAAGAGAGUUCACAAUAAUAUUGUGUACAAUGAAUAUAUCAGUCAUCGAGAACACAUCCACAUGAAUGCCACACAGUGGGAGACACUGACUGACUUUACGAAAUGGCUGGGGAGAGAAGGUCUUUGCAAGGUUGAUGAGACUCCGAAAGGCUGGUACAUUCAAUAUAUUGAUAGGGAUCCGGAGACUAUUCGCAGGCAGCAAGAACAAGAGAGGAAGAAGAAACAGGACCUUGAUGAUGAAGAAAAAACUGCUAAAUUCAUUGAACAACAAGUUAGAAGAGGUUUGGAGGGGAAAGAACUGGAAAAGCCAGUCUAUACCGAACUGAGCAGAGAAAAUGAAGAAGAGAAAGUUACAUUUAAUUUAAACAAAGGAGCAAGUACUUCAAUAGCAGCAUCUUCUAAAACAAGCAGUGUCCUUGGAGCAAAUGCACUGAAGAUGGUGGAAGGGGCAGUUAAAAGAAAAGAAUCAGCUCAUAGCUCUGGUCAGUCCAAAGAGAAAAAGAAGAAGUCUGCACUGGAUGAGAUUAUGGAGCUUGAAGAGGAGAAGAAAAGAACAUCUCGAAGAGACUACUGGUUGCAGCCUGAUAUCAUUGUAAAAAUUAUAACGAAGAAGCUUGGAGAGAAGUAUCACAAGAAGAAGGCAGUUGUUAAGGAAGUGAUUGACAAAUAUACAGCAGUUGUGAAGAUGAUUGAUUCUGGAGACAAACUGAAGCUGGAUCAGACACAUCUGGAAACGGUCAUACCCGCACCAGGCAAGAAAGUGAUGGUAUUAAAUGGUGGUUACAGGGGAAAUGAAGGCAUCUUGGAAUCUAUCAAUGAAAAGAAGUUUUCAGUGACAAUAAUCAUCGACUCUGGACCUUUAAAAGGACGCCGAGUUGAAGAUAUCCAGUACGAAGACAUUUCCAAACUCGCCUGAGGUGCUAAUUGUGGAUCAGAAAAGAUUGCAGGCAGACGCAAGACUCUACUGUGUCAGGGUUUUAAUUGUGUGUGCGUAUGUAUUUAUAAUGUAUAUAGCAAUUAACCACAAGCAAACUGGAUUUAUUUAAAGAUCACUAUGGAUUUAUUACAUAAAAUGUUUGUGGAGAUCUUAUCAGGGGAAAUAUUUCACCUGAUUCUAUAUCGAAGUUGUGUUAUAUUUGUUUCAUUUUCCUUUUGUAAAACAUAGCAGUCAGCUGCAAGCUGCAAGAUUUUAUUUACUGAAAUAUAUUAGCAGUUCCAUAAGAGACAGAAUUACCUACAAGUAGCUGCUUGAGGCAGGUGGUGUGUGUCAAAUCCAGGGGAGUUUAUACACCACAUUUCUCAAGUUUGCAGCUAAAAGUGAAUUCUGGCUGCAGGAACAAGGGAAGGGAUCAGGAGAGUAGCAGGAAGGUAACAGUGCUGCAAGGGAUUGUUUUCCUCGGUCGUGUCAGAAUGAUCUGGUUUGUUAUUUGCUGUCAUCUAUUUUUGCUUAGCCCAUCAGUGAUAGUAGAACGCAAGGCAUCGCUCCUCUGUUAUCUUGUUUGUCAGGGUUCCUAAUAAUAGGAAUAUGCAAUUUAUCUUCAGUGGGAGCUCAAGAUGGAUGUUACUUGAGGGGUUUCUCGGAUGCUGGCAGAAGUGUGUGCAGAUAGAAAUUGGUGAUUUCUCUCCUGGUUUUCCAGGGUAUUUUCUUUUGUUCAUGCUUCCAUUGUCACUCUGCUACAUGAGUAACAUGAGUCAUGCUAAAUGAUGUAACAUUACCGUUUUAUUUUUUUAGAAACAAGUCACAUUUUGUACAAUGUUUAAUUUCUAAGGCAGUUCAGGAAUAAACAUAAACCCUUCUCA